AUGAUGAGUUCACUACCGUUCUGUUAUGAGGCCAGGAUAAAAGGAAUAGUGGCCAGGGUGCUCCUGGCUGAACGUAGGGUUACGCAGGAACUAUUCGCCAUCAAAGUACUGAAAAAAGAUGUCAUUAUACAAGAUGACGAUGUGGAGUGCACUAUGACAGAAAGACGAGUUUUGGCAUUGCCGGAGAAGCCACCAUUUUUGGUUGCUCUUCACAGCUCCUUCCAAACCAUGGAUCGCCUUUUCUUCGUAAUGGAGUUUGUGAACGGAGGAGAUUUAAUGUAUCAAAUACAGCAAAUUGGAAAAUUCAAAGAACCUGUAGCGGUAUUCUACGCUGCUGAGAUCGCUAUUGGUUUACUUUUUCUGCAUUCCAGAGGGAUAAUUUACAGAGACCUCAAACUAGAUAAUGUAAUGGUGGAAAGGGAAGGUCAUAUAAAGGGGUGUGGUACGAGGAGCAGUGGAUGUGCUCGAGCGAUUAAAAUAGGAGUACUGCAAAUGUCAAGGUUACUGUAG